UUGGGAAGUUGGAACCGGAAGUGGCUUUGACGGCGGUCCUGCUGGGCGGGGCUUGCCUGAUUCUUGUCGAACUCUCUCAAUGGUUCUUGGCAGAGCCGCCUCACGUGCGUGGGCACAGGUACUGUCACGAUGAGGGAGCCUCCUGCUUUCCUCCCUUGCUUGUUUGACAUCGCAAAGCCUCUACCUGACAACAGCAAGCACCUGAUGUGGCCGUAAGCGCUGCUUUCUGCCCCCUCGCUCUGCCUUUCCCUCGUCGCACGGCUUGGGCUCCUCUGGCGCUGCCCCGGACUGUGUAUGAUCAACAAUCUGAUGAAUGCUGCUGCCAAGAACACAGAAAGGGUUUUUGCUCCCCGUCGUGACAAAAUAAUGGUCCCCAUUCUCCUUUUGUUUCGCUGAGCUUCGUGUAUCUCCUCUCUCUCGCAGAUUCUGCCGUUCCUGUAUCGCUGCCAGUCUCAAGAACAAGUGGACCUGUCCCUAUUGCCGGGCAUAUCUUCCCUCAGAAGGAGUUCCGGCGACGGACGUGGCCAGGAGGAUGAAGUCGGAGUACCAGAACUGCACCGAGUGCGACGCCCUGGUUUGUCUUAGUGAGAUGAGGGCACACAUAAGGACCUGUGAGAAGUACAUUGACACCUAUGGACCACUACAAGAACUUGAGACAACAAGGUGCGUCUGUCCAUUUUGUCAGAGGGAAUUGGAUGAAGACAGUUUGCUGGAUCACUGCGUCACUCAUCACAGAUCCGAAAGGAGACCUGUGUUCUGUCCACUUUGCCGUUUUAUACCAAACGAGAAUCCAGGCAGCUUCAAUGGCAGUUUAAUCAGACAUUUGCAAGUUAGCCAUACUUUGUUUUACGAUGACUUCAUAGAUUUUAAUAUAAUUGAGGAAGCUCUUAUCCGAAGAGCCUUAGACCAGUCGCUUCUUGAAUAUGUGAAUCAUUCGAACACCACAUAAUUUUACAAAUAGAAAAGGGAAGUGGAGCAUUCAAUUGUGCCAUUUCAGAUGCUGCUUGAACAGUUGGAGGAAAAUUGUCAAUGUUUGAUGGGGGAAAUGUACAACCCAGUUAUAAGUCUGUCCAUGCUUAUUGUUGUAUUGCAUUAGAAAACUGCUUUCAUUUUGAUGGUUUCCUUCUGGCUUGUGUUUCUGAGCUUCUUAGACGUUUAACGAGAAACAGACUCCAUCGGUCAUCAUUACAUAGGAGAAACACAGGCUGAGUAGGAAGGUGGAGAAGCUCUAUGUGCAAAUCGGGUGACAUUAGGUGUAAUGCUUCAUAUUAAUGUCUGCCACCACGGGGUGGGCGAGAUAACUAAUCUUUGUUCUGUGUAAGUAGACGGAGAGAGAAACAGCGUGCCGAUAGUCAAGGAAAGAUGAAACUUCUUUCAAUGCUCUUGUUCCAAUCUCUAACAGAAUAACAGGAAUAAUUUUGUAUGGGAAUAGGACAGGACAAUUCUGAAGUUAACAAAGAUCACUUAACCAAAUCAUAUUACGUAAAACUGUAACAAUAAAUUUUGUGUUAGCAAUGUGUACUUAAUGCUUUGACUUUUUAUAUUCGUGCAUAGGAACGUAAUAUUUUUCAAAUAUUUGUAGCUUGUUAUUUAGAAAUAUUUCCAUAAUAUAGAUAAUUUCUUUAGAACCAUCCGUUGAUAUUUACGGAAACAUUUACGUCCAUACUUCUUAGUGGAAUCUCCAAGGGCUCUGUUUUUAAUUUCAACCUUUUAAAAAUUAUGAACUAAAAUACAAAACUAAAGAUUAGACAUAAAAUUGAUAACCUUAUGUAUUAUUAAAAGAAACAAUCUUUUAGAACUCUGCCAGCUACCCCAUUUGUGCUUUUGUGUUGUGUCAACAACUACAAGCCCACAAAAGUAACCACUACACCAAUUUCAGCAGCAAUCACAGACCCUUGCCCUGAGCCAUAAUCUCCAUUUUAGACAUGGGUUUUAAACUUGCUUUUCUCAGCUGCUGACAGAUAAUAACAGAUUAUUUCGUAUUUCACAAUCUCUCUUCCUCAAUUUGGAUGGAUCAUACAAUAAAGCAAAACUUGCCGGGAAAGAGAAGUAACGAUUGAACUAAAAAUCUGGCCACUGAAAAAUAGGAGAAAAUAUUGUUGAAUAUUAGUACCUACUAUGCAGACAAUAAAUCUUGGUUCAUUUAGAGCAAUAAAAAAUGCAUCUUUAGGCUGAGGAUUUAGCUUAGUGGCACAGUGCCUGCCUGGCAAGCGCUAGGUCCUGAGUUUGAUUCCAGGUACGCCC